UAACGCGUGGUUUUGGCGCCCGCGUGGAGUCCAGACUCGUGGCUCAGCUGCCUCCAUGGCCGCCUCGGAGCAGCCGGCUGCGGCGAUGAAGCGGCGGCACAAGGCGCAGUACGUGCCGGGGCAGCAGGCCAAGCGGCCCCGGGGCGGCGGCGGGCCGCGGCAGCUGGAGCUCGGCAUGCAGGGCAUCCUCAUCACCUGCAACAUGAACGAGCGCAAGUGCGUGGGGGAGGCCUACAGCCUGCUCAACGAGUACGGGGACCUGCUCUACGGGCCCGAGAAGUUUACAGAUCAAGAUGGCAGGUUGUCAGGAAGUGAAGAGGAGGAAGAUGAUGUUGAAGCUGCCUUAAAGAAAGAAGUUGAUCAGAUUCGCACUUCGACUGAGCAGAAGCUGAGAAGAUUCCAGUCAGUGGAGAGUGGAGCUAACAAUGUGGUCUUUAUUAGAACGCUGGGUGUAGAACCCGAGAAGCUCGUGCAUCAUAUAUUAAAGGACUUGCACACUACUAAAAAGAAGAAAACAAGAGUUAUUCUGCGCAUGUUGCCCAUUUCUGGAACCUGCAAGGCUUUUGUGGAAGAUAUGAAAAAGUAUUCAGAGACCUUCUUUGAGCCUUGGUUUAAAGCCCCUAAUAAGGGUACUUUUCAGAUUGUUUACAAAGCUCGUAAUAACAGUCACAUGAGUAGAGAAGAAGUAAUCAAAGAAUUGGCAGGAAUAGUGGGCAGCCUAAAUCCAGAAAACAAAGUGGAUCUUAAUAACCCCCAGUAUACCAUUGUGGUAGAAAUAAUAAAAAACGUCUGUUGCUUGAGCGUGGUGAAAGACUAUGUUUUGUUCAGAAAAUAUAAUCUACAAGAGGUGGUGAAGAGCAACAAGGAGGAACCGGUGCAGCAAAACCUGUUGAGUGCUUCACAAGAGGAGAAGUUGAAAGAAAUAAAACUGGCAGAAGAGGACUCUAAAGAAGUGAAACCAGAAGACAAAGGUCAGAGUGAAGAGGAAUCUAAGCCCAAUGAGAGCGACAGUCAGCAGGCAUAGAGAAUGUGAUGGAAGGGGAAGACAAACACUAAAGAUCACUGUAAAAUAGAUUGGCUUAGAGUUUUGAAAUGGACAUUUAAAGGGGAGCUUAAUUUUUUAUUUUAAAUUUGCUUUUUAAAAUAUCCAAGUAUUUAAAAAAAAAAAAAAAAA